AUGUCGUCGAACUCCGGAGAUGCCAAUGGCGAUGGUCCCGAGGACACAUACUUCACUUGCACUCUCGGUCAAGCGACCUUGUAUAACGAGGAUCUGGAGUUCAAGAAUAUCCCGACUUUCCUGGAUGAGCUGGUAGACCACCAUGGAGACAAGCCUGCUGUGGGAUUCUGGGACGACUACACAAUCUACAGCUUCGCCGAAGCCGUUUCCCACUCCGACUCAGCGGCGAGGUAUAUCACCCAGCUCUGUGGGACAUCAGAUGCAAGACCAGCCGCCAUGCUCGUCCGCAGCGUUCCGGACUUCCUCUUCUGCUUUCUCGGACUGAUUCGGCUGGGACGACCGGUCUUGCUUCUUGCACCGCAACUUUCCGGCUCGGCGAUUGCGACGCUGUGUCAGCAGUGUGAGGCUGAACUGCUAUAUGAGGGUGGAGCGUAUGAUGACUUGGUCAAGAAAGCUACUCAAGCAGCGGAGAGCCUUGAAGGCUUUGAGUUGAAGACCCAUCGACUGUCCUUCCAAACCAACAAAGCAAACCUUGCCACAACAUCGGAGGAUUUCGUUUGCUACUCCGCCUCCUCAACCGACACAGCCUACCUCCACCAUACCUCCGGCACCUCCACCGGCCUCCCCAAACCCAUCCCGCAAUCCCACAACGCAGGCUGUGGCGUACAACCCCGCCUCAAUGGAAGUGACGCAGCGACAUUCACCACCACACCGCUCUAUCACGGCGGCGUAGCCGAUCUCUUCCGCGCCUGGACAAGCGGGGCGAUGAUGUGGCUGUUUCCAGGAGACAAACUCCUCAUCACAGCGAAGAAUGUAAGUCGCUGCUUAGAAGUCGCCGCUUCAGCCGUCCGCAGCGAGGAGAAGGAGGGAGUGAAGGUGCCGAAGGUGAAAUACUUCUCCUCUGUCCCUUACGUCCUACAAGGAAUGGCCGACCACGCACUGGGCCUCUCCCAACUCCAAACCAUGUCCAUAGUCGGCGUCGGCGGCGCCGCUCUCCCCAGCGAAGUCGGCGACGAACUGGUCAAACAAGGCGUCCCUCUCAUCUCCCGCUUCGGCAGCGCAGAGUGCGGGUUCCUCAUGUCGUCCUACCGGUCCUUCGCUACAGACACCGAAUGGCAAUAUCUCCGCCCUGGAUCCCGGGGUUCAAAGUACCUCCGCUUCGAAAAGAGGGAAGAGGACGAGUUGUGCGAGUUGAUUAUAUUACCAGGCUGGCCACACAUGGCGAAAACAAAUCGAGAAGACGGAUCUUUCGCUACGUCGGAUCUAUUCGAACGACAUGCGAGUAUCCCCGAUGCGUGGCGGUAUCAUUCCCGGGCGGACUCGCAGUUGACGUUGGUGACGGGCAAGAAAUUCGAUCCCGCGCCCCUGGAGGCGGGGAUUGCUGCCUCCUCUUCUUUGAUCAGGGAUGUGUUGAUCUUUGGUAAUGGCAAGCCGUAUCCGGGCGCAUUGGUUUUCAAGGCGGAGGAAGCGAAGGGCGUGGAAGACGAGGUGUUUGAGGAGGAGGUGUGGAAGGUUGUGGAGAAGUUUAAUCGAGAGGGACAAAGCCAUACGAGGAUAUCGAGGGGCAUGGUUGUGUUGAUUGGAGGGGACGAGGAGGGGUUGGAGAAGAGUAGUAAGGGGACUGUCAUUCGACGGGUGGCGGAGGAGAGAUUUGGGCAGGUGAUUGAGGGGGCUUAUGGCAAGGGCGAAGAAGUUGGAGGGAAGGAGGUGGAUGAUGAGGAUGUGCUUGGAGAAGUCAGACGGAUCGUCGAGGGCGUUAUGGGGAGCGGAACGAAAGAUGGAGAGAAGUUGACGGACACGGUCGACUUGUUCACGUACGGCGCCGACUCGGUGUCUUGCAUCCAGAUCCGGCAGAAACUGGUGGGUUUGCUGGGCGAGGGUGCUGAUCCGCUGCCGCCUACGAUCGUGGAGGAUUGUGGCUCAAUUCAGAUUCUCAGCCAGACGAUCCUCGACCUCCGGAAUGGCAGAGCGAGUACGAAUGGUGCCGCAGCAGACGACCAGGCCAAGCUGAUGCAAGAGUUCGUGGAGACAUAUAGUACCCUCUCGCUCCCCUCCCUUCCAUCAACGCCGUCCGAAACCCGACCUACUUCCCCAUCCAGGGGCAAAGCAAUCCUCCUAACCGGCUCAACCGGCUCCCUCGGCUCCCACCUCCUCAACCAACUCCUCUCAACGCCCUCAGUCUCCCACAUCCACCUCCUCCUCCGCGCCAGUCACGGCAGCUCCCUGGAGUCCUCUCGAAUCCGCCUCCUCUCCCUCCUCGCCUCCCGCCACCUCACUCCUCCACCACAUUUCGACGAAAAGGUCACACUCCACCUCUACACUCUCACCGCACCUCGCCUUGGCCUUGAGGAUGAGGUAUACCUACGAUUGGCGAAUGAAGUGGAUGUCAUCUACGACCUCGCGUGGUCGGUGAAUUUCCUCCUGCCGUUACGGGGAUUCAAGUCACAUUUCCAGGCUUUGCGGGGGUUGCUUGAGCUUGCUGUGGCACACGCGGCGUUUGAGGAGAGGGGAAAGCCGGCGAGGGUGGUGUUCUGUUCCAGCACGGCGAGCGUGGCGUCGUACCCUUCUCUGGCUGGGAGUCAGGGUAAGCUGGUGCCGGAGGAGAUGCUCGGUGAUGUGGACGUGAGUGGAGGUAUUGGGUAUUCGAGGAGUAAAUGGGUUGCGGAAAAUCUCAUCCAGCGAGCCGUGGCGAUAUUCCCAGUACUAAAAGGGUGCGUGAGUGUCGUCCGUGUCGGGCAGAUCAGCGGAGAUACGGUCCACGGAGUAUGGAAUAAGAGUGAAGCAUAUCCGCUGAUGUUGGGGAGUGCGAGGGUUACGGGGUGUUUGCCGAGAUUAAAGGGGGAGAGGGUGGGGUGGACGGGGGUUGAUGUCGCUGCGGGAGGGUUUGUGAACUUACUCGAUGGGGUGGGGGAUGAGGAAGACGUGAGGGUGUUACAUCUGCUAAACUCAGCAAAGGCGGUAGAGUGGAACGAUGUUGUGGGUUGGAUUUCAGAGGUGGAGGAGGGGAUUGAGAUUGUGGAAGUGGGAGUUUGGUUGGAACGGUUGGAGGGCCUGAGGAAGUCGGAGAGGGAAGAGGAGAGGAGUCAUGCGUGUCUGAAGUUGUUGGAAUUUUGGAAGGGAGCGUAUGGGAAGACCGAGAAUGGAAGUGUUGAGGAUCGACCUCAAGCGGAGGGAUUCGAUAUGAGCAAGUCGCUCGAGGCGAUGCCCGGGUUGAAGGAGGCGAAGGCGGUGGAUCGGGAGUAUGUGUUGAAGUUGUGGAGGUGGAUCAAAGAGAAUAUUUGA